AAUGGAGACUAACGGCCUUACCGAUGAUGAGACCAUGAGCCGACCUCUAAAAAGGCUCAUAGGUCUUUCUGCAGCGCCAUGCAGAACAAAUGCCCUCAACUUGAACGAUCAACUCAGCACUGAUUGAAAUCCCACUGCACAUAAAGUGUCUGAUCCAGCGGUGGACGGCACACAAUUCUUUUUUAUCGUGAGCCAGCCAGCCUGCCUUGCGCCUUGCUCUCAUUCUUGAAUUUGCUUAGCCUCAGUCACAUUCCAUACAAUGAAAACGGUGGUAUUGCUAGCGUCGGUGGCGGCCGUGCAGUCGGCGGGCCUCGAGACGUACUUGCCCAAGUCGCUUUUCCAGUCCGUUUUUCCCAAAGCGUUGCCCAUCUACUCGUACGAGAAGAUGAUCGCCGUGUCCAAGAUUUACCCCGCAUUUGCCAACACGGGCAACGUCGACGUCGACAAGCGCGAAGUCGCGGCCUUUCUAGGGCAAAUCGCGCACGAGUCGGGGUACUUGCAAUACGUGGAAGAAAUCAACAAGUCCACUAUGUGCGAGGCAUCGGCCGACUACCCGUGUGCCCCGGGCAAGCAAUACUUUGGUCGGGGGCCGAUCCAGUUGUCGUGGAACUACAACUACAAAGACUUUGGCAUUGCUGCGGGCAAAGAUCUGGUGGCGAACCCCGAUCUGGUGGCGCAAGACCUCUGGCUAGUGUGGUGGAGCGCGUACUGGUUCUGGAACGUGGACAAGUGGAACGGCAACAUCCACGACGUGGUGGGACAACCGGGGGGGUUUGCGUACACCACGUACAUUAUCAACGGGGGCUUGGAAUGUGGCCCGAACCCGGCCAACAAGGAGUCGGAGAAGUCCCGCAUCGCCAAUUACAUCAAGUUUGCCAACUUGCUCGGCGUAGCCCCAGGCGAUAACUUGUCCUGCCAGACCAGUGCCUUCCCCCCAAGCACUCUGUGGCCCAAGCCCGUGACCACCGAGACUCCCCCCCUCUACGACCAAGACCGUCACCACAUCUACCCCAACCACGACCAAGACCAUCGUCACCCCCACGACCAAGCCCAUCGUUACCCUCACGACGACCCCCUGCCGUCCAACCAGUGCAAUGGCAACCGCAACGUCUGCUUCUGGCCACUUAAUCAACAAGUGCUGCCUUAUGCCAAGGCCCACUGCCAACUCUUUCUUUGGUCUGUGUGGUGUGAUUAAAUGCGAUUACUUUGUGUGUGUCGUUUGAAUGAGCUUAUGCUAGCUUCAUCAAUACUAGUUGAAACGUUACCGUAAAACACGAGUCUACUAGAUUUCUCUAUGUGGUGGCAUUUACGAAAUAUGCUAUCAAAGCGUGGCAUUCCGG